CUGGUCGUCCUCAACCACUACCUGGCCUUCCAGUACUUCGCAGAGGAAUAUUACCUGUUCUCCGAGGUCCUCGCCUACUUCACCUUCUGCCUCUGGUUGAUCCCUUUUGCUUUUUUCGUCUCCCUGUCGGCCGGAGAAAACAUCCUGCCGUCCACGGUGCAGCCUGGAGAUGACGUCGUCUCCAACUAUUUCACCAAGGGAAAGAGGGGCAAGCGCUCCGGCAUCCUCCUCAUCUUCUCCUUCAUCAAGGAGGCCAUCCUGCCCAGCCGGCAGAAAAUUUACUGAGCAAAAUGUGCCGAGGGCUGCGGGGCAGCGCAGCCCCCACGCCUCGCUGGAGCCCUCCCCGACGCCUGCAGCCAGGAUCCCGCUGGGAACCCGUGGAUUCGUGGGGGCUGCGGGCACUGAACGGGCUCUGCUGACGUCCUGGGACUGCCUGCGAGGAGGAGGAGGAGGGUGAGGAAAGUCUGGCGCCCCACGCAGAGACCCGCCAGGCACCGGCACCCGUUCCCGGUGCGAGGCUGGAGGCCGCGUGCUGCGGUUUGGCUCCCUCGGCACAGCAGCGGGCUGUUGACGUUUAACUGAGGUUUAUACAGAGCCAUUAAUUAAAAAAAAAAAAAACACAAAAAAACCAGAAAAAAACAAAAAACAAAUUAACCAGCCUCUGGAUGAGCCCCGCGUCCCCGCCUGCUGGCACCGCGGCACGGGGAGCACCCCGGGACAGCAGGGGUGGAAGGAAGGAAGGAAGGAAGGAAGGAAGGAAGGAAGGAAGGAAAGAGCGCUUUUGGUUUUUGAUUUAACUUUGGAGAUCUCCAACUUUGCCCUGGUUUUGCUGGAAAACUCCCCGAGGGGCCUGGAAGCUGCUGGCCGUGCCCCUCGGCGUCUCCUGCGCUACUAAACCCGCCGAUCUCCCUGAUUUCCAGGUCAAAAAAAAGUAAAUGAUCCUGCUGAGGAGGAGGUGCGAGCCCUUUGUUCCUUCCUACGAUCAUUAAAAAAAUCCUUUUUUCCCUUUU